AAAAUAAAAAAGAAUCACAAAAAAAGUGAGGAAAAGAGAAAAAAAUUUGCAACUCAUGUAAAUUGAAAUUUAAAGCAAUUAAAAAAGUUGUGAAAGUGAAUUAAGAAAGUUCUCAAGUGUAUUAAUAUUCUAAUUACUGAAAUUCAAUAAAGCAAUUAUUCUUUCGCUUCUCCAAAACCUAAAUCUCUUCUCAACGUGCUACAUCAUAAAUUUUAUAUACAAAACGUGAAUUUAAUCGAAAAAAAAAAUUCUACAAAACAAAAAAAAUCCAAUCAGUUUUAUUGUAAAGAAAGCAAAGUAAAAAAAGCAAGUCAGCAAAAUGGCAGCAUUCGUGGCUAAACAAAUGGUCGGAAACAAGCUCAGCGCCGUUAAAGGAGCUGUUGGUGGUGAUGAAAAUAAUGAUGACGAUAAGGAGAAAGCAGAAGAAGAGGAGAGAGAACGACAAGAAGCAAUUCGGGAAGCUGAAGACCGCCGAAAAGAGAAGCAUCGUAAAAUGGAAGAAGAACGUGAAAAAAUGCGUCAGGAGAUAAGAGACAAAUACAACAUUAAAAAGAAGGAAGAAGUUGUGGAACAACUACCCCAAGAAGAGCCGAAUCCUCUGAUGCGAAAGAAGAAGACUCCAGAAGAGCUGGCAGCUGAAGCUGAAGCUGAGGAUCUGGACGACUUUACCAAAUUGAAAAAUUCAAUAGAAUCACAAGUGAACGAAUUAAAAACACAAAUCGAAAGCAAAUGUGUUAUGCAGUGAUAUGUUAAUUGUUAUUCAUUCAUAUUAUAAUGUUUUUAACAAUGAUGAUGAAAAAAAUGUUCAUUAAAAAAAUACAAAAAAAAAUGAUUAAUAAUGAGUUUAAUUCACAUGAAAAAAAAAUAUGCAAAAAAAAAUUCAC